CAAGGAGAAAGACAAGGAGAAAGACAGAGAAGGACAAAGAAAAACUAUCUAGAGAGUCAUGGCUGAUCUUGGAGGACCGCGGGGCCCGUGUGGCUCAUCGCUGCACCAUGCCACACGGGCCGGGAGGCGCUGUAAGCGCACGACGCGACACGGGAGCCGGGUGUGCUGGCAGCACCGGGCAAUGAUGGGGGCGGAAGAAUUGGAGCAGCUGCAGCACCCCCAUCGCUGCCAAGCCCACAUCCGCAACGGGCUUGGGCGACAGUGCUCCCGUGUCGCCAAAAAGAGAUACGUUAUCCCUUAUUGCCGCCAGCAUUAUUACAUCCAUAGAAAUAUAGACGCCUGGUCAUCGGACGACGACCUGUAGACCUGAUGACCUGUGACGCUAUCUUUUAUGUAAGAUCAUGGCAAGUAGUUCACUAUGACAACUGAACAGGUUAUUUUAUUAUACAUUUCAGCAGAGGCUGCGGGGGGUGUCAUCCUUUGAAUAUGAUGUUACUUAGUCCUUUUACAUUUCAGCAAAGGAUUUUUUUCUCUCCUUUGAAUAGAACUUAAAAGUUUAACAACAUCUUGCAUUUUUCCUGCAUACUGAUAUCAUAAUGAUGAAUUUAUUAUGUACGAGCCCACAUACAUACAUACAUACAUAUUGCUAUUUAUAUAGCGCCUUUAUAUAAACAUGCUCAAAUUAUAUUUACAUAAGCAACUCAAAAAAGUUGUGCACCACAUGAACUAAGCCUGGUUCUAAUUCACACAGUACACAACCCCGUUCACAUUCACGCAAAUAAAACACAAUAAUUAUUCUUAUUUUGCUCUCCAAGUGCGUACACUGUAAAUUUGGUAUGUAAAGCUGUGUAAAGCAACUCAAAAAAAGUUGUGCACCACAUGAACCAAGCCUGGUUCACACAGGACCCAACCUCGUUCACAUCCCACAUAACUCCACACAACUCCACACAAGCAUACAUGCCAACUGUUCAGAUUAAAGAGGAACAUUCCUCUU